AUGGAUGGGUCGCAGGGCCAGGCAGCUCAGCCUAUGGGCCAGCCUCCUGCGCAGCAACACUCCAAUCUCAUUCGGACUGAUCAAGUGCAGAAGCUACCGCACUUGAAUGAGGCCCAGAAAGCUCAGCAUACCCAACUUGUUCGCAGCUUCUGGGAGCAAUUGAAUACCCGUGAUCCCCAAAGCCAUGAAUAUCAAAAUGCCCAGAUCAAAUUGUCCCAGUUAUCGCAGAACCUGAUGAAGGCCCAAGCUCACGUUCAGGCCCAGGUGGCUGCACAGCAGGGACAACAGGGACAGCAAGUCCAACAAGUCCAGCAAGUCCAGCAGGGUCAACCGGGUCAACAGGGACAGCCCGUACAGCGGACCCAGUCUAACAACCCGCAAACUCUCAACCAGCUUCUACCCCAGAUCCAAGCGAAAGUCAAUUCCCUCAAUUUCUACCUCCCGCCGAACGUCACAACAGAACAAGUUCAGACAUGGAUCCCCGAGGCCCGGUUGCGGUAUGGCAUUGCUCUUCAGAAGCAGGAGGUGGGACGCGCGCGGUUGGCGGAUUUGCGCCAGCAAUAUGCGCAACGCCAGGCGCAGGGCAAUAUGUCGCAAGAAGAGGUGCAGGAGUUCAAGAAUCGGCAGCUAGCGGCCGAGAAGCUUUUCCGGGAAGGUAGUGACUUCCUCAACAAGUUCAAGGAGCAGCAAGAGAGCUUUAAGAUGCAGUCGCAGCAGAACCCUCAAAUGAGCCAACCAGGACAAGGAACCACUGCACCGGUACCCCAGGCCACUCCUGCCGUCCCUGCGACGACUCAAGCCGCGCCCAACCCCCAGGCAGGUACUGCUGUCGCUGGAACUGGUAUGCCCGGACAACCACCCACCCCGGCUCCUCACACCAUCAAUUCUGCUGUUAGUGCAGCUCGUAAUCAAGCAGGCCAAACUGCCAUGUCACCAUCAACCUCGCAGCCUGGGCAGGCGCCUUCAUCGGCUAAUGCCACUCCUGCUUUGUCAAACGCGCCCCCUCCAGCCCAACGACCUCAACCUCCGUCACAUCAGGGAACUCCCGGUCCAGGGGGAGGUCAAGUCACUUUCAGCCAAACUCCAAACCAAGACGGGUCUACACCAACCCCGACAAGCACCCAACCAGGUAACCAAGGACCACCUCGCCCUUUGUCGCAUCAGGCAGCGAUGCAGGCAGCACAAAAUUACAAUACGAAUCCGAACCAGCAGCAACAACAGCAGCAGCAGCAGCAACAGCAGGCACAGCAGCAACAGCAACAGCCAGCUAUGAACCAGACUGUCAACAACCAACAAACUCACCCACCCGGUUAUCUUGCCAAUCGGUCAGCUGAAUCUUCGGCGCGUACGAUUAACAUGCACAUCCCCAAAAAUCUCAACGUUUCCACUCCUGAACCAGUCACCAUGCCUCCUUCUCGCCCUUCUCUCACUGGUGGCCCCAACCACAGUAACAUGGGUGGUAUGAUGAGUCAACCCGCCAUUCAAAAGCAUCCCGGCUACGUCCUCGAAGGUGAGGGGCAACACGUGCUCAGCAAGAAGAACCUUGAUAUCCUUGUUCGCCAGGUCACCGGUGGGGGUGAGGGAGAAAUGCUUACUCCCGAUGCUGAAGAGUUCGUGCUCCAGAUGGCAGAUGAUUUCGUCGACGACGUUAUCACCCAAGCCUGCCGUCUUGCCAAACUACGCCCAUCCUCCACCCUCGAGAUUCGCGACAUCCAGCUCGUCCUCGAGCGCAACUACAACAUGCGUAUCUCGGGCUUCUCAACUGACGAUCUUCGCACCGUCAAGAAACCUCAGCCUACCCAGGGCUGGCUUCAGAAGAUGACCGCCAUUCAGGCUGCCAAGGUCACCCAGGGCAGAACCGAGUAA